ACAUUAAUUAAAAAAGCUGUGUUUGUUUUCGUUCUGUGGUUUUCGUUACUAGGCAACCAAAACCUGUAAAGGAAGCGAAGCUUUAUUCAAAAGAUUGUUUUUAAUAUGGUUUAAAUAACAAAAUCUAUCAAAACAACAACUUUAGAAUGUCCAUACCAGAGUUAGCAUCCGAACUUGUAAAGAAAACUCUUUCAGAACAAAAUGAUCGUUCCAUGAGUACAAUAAUAAUAGCAGGUAGUAAAAACGUUGGAAAAUCGAGUUUAAUUAAUGCCUUCCUUGAUAAAAAUGAUAAUCCGAGGGAAACGUUAGUCAUGGAGUAUUCAUUUGGAAGGAAGUCAUCCCAAAAGCCAGGCAUCGAUAAAAUGAUUUGUCAUGUCUGGGAAUACGGCGGCAAAAUUGAAAUGCUUAGCGAUGUUCUCUUGUCUAUACCUAUAAGAGGAUCUUUUUUCUUUUGUAUAAUGCUUGAUUUAAGUAAAAUCAAAAAAAUAUGGAAUACUUUAGAAUCUUGUAUUCAGGCUCUUCAAAAUAAUUUUUCGAAUGCAGAUUCUGCACUAGAAAUAAUCAUCGUUGGCGGGUACUAUGACCAGUUUAAAAAUUUUGACACUGAAGUUAAAAAAAUAGUUUGUACUACAUUGAGAAGUGUUGCUUUGUUAUGCAACGCACAUCUUUUAUUUUAUUCAAAGAAAGAUACUCAUUUAGCCAGGAAAGCAAAAGAUUUAUUCUAUGGAAUGGGUUUUGGAAACGGCGUAUUAUUAAAAGAAAAAAAUACGAAUUAUUUGAAGCCCAUAAUGAUUCCUAGAGGUUCAGACAAUUGGGAAAAUAUUGGUGUUUCGCCUUGCAACUUAGAUGAGAUAAAGAAACGAUAUACCGCUAAAAUAGCUUCGGAUCCAAUUAUAAAAUCCGAUUACAGUCAAGAUAUACAACGCACUCACCCUGAACCUAUAUUAGAUACAUUAGCAUCUUUGAAAUACGAAGAGUUGCGGUGUAUGGAAUCUUUUGAACCAUCAAUAAAAGAUUACUUGUUUUGUGUAAACAAAUAAUCGCUUCAUUUUAUAUAUCGGCCUAUAUCAGAUUUGUUAACUUAGAGUUUUGUAUGUAGGUAGGUAUUACAAAACAUUUCAAAUGUGCUAUUAUACAUAUGAAGAGGGAGAAUCUCCGUCGUCUUUGGGAACAUCUUUUAAAUUAGUUGCUUAUUAUUUGAUAGUUAUAUCACAGUAUUACAAUAUGUUAUAAUAUGGUAUUGGUUAACCUCUAUUCUACUUUGUGGCACAAAAUGUUUACCAUUAAAAAUUUUGGUGCAGAUGGAGUGGUACCUACGUACGGAUCUUAUGUGAAAUAAA